AUGCAGACGGCGGCGGCGGCGGCGGCCGUGGCGUGGGCGGCGGUCCCAUCGACGUCCGCCUCCUCAUCCUCCUCGCCCAACCCCUUCGGGGUAAGGGUUCCGUUCCCCCUUCUCGAGGGGCGCUUUCUUGCCUUGCUCGGUCCGGCUGAUGGGUUCUCGAUUCGGUGCGCAGGUGGGGGUUGCGUCGACGGCCGUGCCGGCUUCUUCCGCGCCCAGGCUUGUUGCCGCCUCCACGCCCCUGGGUCGCCGACGGCGGCGGCAAGGAGUAGAAAGUUAACUGUUUUGGUACGAGCUGGAGCAUCUCCUACAGUGAUUAAGUGGUUCAAGCUGUUGCCAAUCCAGACCCCUGCGAUCGAGCUGCCACUGACUGCUGAAAAUGUUGAGAUGGUGUUGGAUGAAGUAAGGCCGUAUCUUAUGGCAGACGGAGGCAAUGUUGCGUUGCAUGAGAUUGACGGGAACGUGGUAAGGUUAAAGCUGCAAGGAGCAUGUGGGUCGUGCCCGGCUUCAGUAACAACGAUGAAGAUGGGUAUUGAACGGCGCUUGAUGGAGCAAAUACCAGAGAUUGUUGCGGUUGAGCCCAUCGCUGAUGACGAGACAGGCCUUGAGUUGAACCAAGAGAACAUUGAAAAGGUACUUGACGAGAUUAGGCCAUACCUUGCUGGCACAGGAGGUGGCGAGCUCGAGUUUGUCACAAUCGAGGAGCCUAUUGUCAAGGUUAGGCUUACAGGCCCAGCUGCUGGUGUGAUGACUGUCCGAGUAGCGUUGACUCAGAAGCUCCGUGAGAAGAUCCCUAAAAUCGCAGCUGUCCAGCUAUUGCCAUAA